CCAUCAUCACUUGCAGAUUCUUUCUCUUUUUCAAAAAAAUGGCGAGUUUUAAGGAAAGCUCUGAUUUGGAAGCUAUACAGAGCCAUCUCGUUGAAGACUUGUUGGCUUGUGAUGGCUUCAUGGGAGAUUUUGACUUUGAUGCUUCUUUUGUCUCAGGACUUUGGUGUAUAGAACCUCAGGUUCCUAAACAAGAACCUGAUUCUCCAGUUCUUGAUCCGGAUUCUUUCGUUAAUGAGUUUCUUCAAGUGGAAGGUGAAUCAUCAUCAUCAUCACCAGAGCUGAAUUCAUCAUUAUCAACAUAUGAGACUGAUCAGAGUGUGAAAAAGGCAGAGAGUUUUGAAGAAGAAGAAGAAGCGAGACAUUACCGAGGAGUGAGACGAAGACCGUGGGGGAAAUUUGCAGCAGAGAUUCGAGAUCCAGCAAAGAAAGGAUCAAGAAUCUGGCUUGGAACAUUUGAGAGUGAUGUUGAUGCUGCAAGAGCCUAUGACUGUGCAGCUUUCAAGCUCCGGGGAAGAAAAGCCGUGCUCAACUUUCCUCUUGACGCCGGAAAGUAUGAAGCUCCGGCGAAUUCAGGAAGGAAAAGGAAGAGAAGUGAUGUGCAGGAAGAGCUUCAAAGAACUCAGAGCAAUUCAUCUUCAUCUUCCUGUGAUGCAUUUUAACAUUUUUAAGAGUGUGAGCAGUUUCCUUAAGUUGUAUAAAGUAAUUGUACAGAGGAAACGAAUUGUGUAGGUUUAGUGUGCCUUGCAACAAAUGUGUGUGGAUGUUCUAUUUCUUCAUGUCCCUAAGAUUUAGAAACAACUUCUUGUUUCCAAGAAAGUUAUUGAGUUUCA